UAUUUCCUCGCCACGUUCCUUCCAUGGUAGCAGGUGUCACCUCCCUAUCCCUUCGGCCUCUCUCUCAUCAAUCAGCAAACAUGUUUCAGUUAUCAAAUCAACGUUUUCUAACGAAGUUUCAACAUCCUCAACUCGCCGUCGAUCAUGAAAGCAGAGGGUUUGUUUGCUUCCGCUGCCAUUAACAUAGGUUUGUCUCUAUUCAUACUCAUCCUCUUCUCUAUCUUAAGAAAACAGCGUUCCAACGCUGGAAUAUACUUCCCUCGCCUCCUUUCACAGAGGCACCGCAUACCUUUCGAUCAAACUUCGACUGUCAAUCGCUUAAUUCCUUGUCUGUCAUGGAUAUCCAAAGCGAUUCGUGUCACUGAAGAUGAAGUACUUGAAAUUGGAGGACUUGAUGGCCUUGUUCUUGUUAGACUCUUCAAAUUCGGCAUUAAAUUCUUUUCUGUAUGCUCGAUUCUCGGUUUGUUUGUACUACUGCCAGUCAAUUACACUGCACCUGAUGGGCCACCUAAGAGCUCGAAUUCCAUGGACUCUUAUACUAUUUCCCACAUCAAUGAAGGUUCUGACAGGCUGUGGGUGCAUUUUUCAUGCUUGUGUUUCAUAUCAUGUUAUGGAUUGUAUCUUCUUUACAAGGAAUAUGAUGAUAUAUUGGCUAAAAGGAUCCAACAGCUACAGAACAAUAGGCAUCAUCCAGAUCAAUUUACUGUUCUAGUUCGAGAGAUACCCCUAUGUAAAGAGCAUCUGGCCUAUAGUUGUUGCGUAGAUCACUUUUUUGCAAAGCACCAUUCUUAUGCAUAUCGCUCGUAUCAAAUUUUAUACAACUCAAAGGAUCUUGAGAAAGUACUGAAAGAGGCAAAGCAUGUUUCGGGGAAGCUAGAGGGCUACAGACGUAAGUCGUUGAGUAAGAAGCAAAAAGUAGAUCCCUCACUUUCUGAAGUGCUUGGACAAGAAGCACAGAUAACAUUUUACCAGGAAAGGCUUGAAGGACUUUAUUGUAAAAUACAUCAAAUGCAGAAAGAAAAUAGGACAGAACUAAAGGAGUUGCCUGUUGCUUUUGUGACAUUCAAAACUCGGUGGGGUGCAGCAUUAGUUGCACAAUCUCAACAGCAUCCGAAUCCAUUGAUGUGGAUAACAGACAUGGCCCCUGAACCAAGAGAUGUUUUAUGGAGGAAUCUAGCCAUUCCAUAUAGACAUUUGCCACUUUAUAAGAUCUCCCUUUAUGUUUCAGUAACUAUUCUUACAAUAUUUUUUGCAAUUCCUGUUACUGCAAUUCAAGGAAUAGCGAAAAUCGAGAGGUUGAAGAAAUGGUUUCCUCCUGUGAUGGCUAUUUAUUUGAUACCUGGUUUAGGCCCCGUGAUUACAGGAUAUCUUCCGAGUGCUAUCCUGAAUGGUUUCAUAUACAUUAUUCCAUUUGCUAUGCUUGGGUUGGCUAAACUUGCUGGAUAUGAAUCAAGGAGUAAACACGAGAUAAGAGUUUGCAACAUGGUCUUUUACUUUCUUGUGGGAAAUGUUUUCUUCUUGAGUCUCCUGUCAGGGUCUUUACUUGAUCAGAUAGGAGAAUCAUUCUCUCAUCCCAAGCACAUUCCUACUCAUCUUGCAAGGGCGGUCUCUGCUCAAGCUGAUUUCUUCAUGACAUACAUUUUAACAAAUGGCUUGUCGGGAUUUUCAUUGGAGAUUCUUCAGCUUGCUUUAUUUAUUUGGGAUGGCAUAAGAUCUCGAACAAUUGGGCGUGGAAAGGGAGAAAAAGUUUAUCUGAACUCAUUUCCUUAUUGUAGAAUUAUUCCUUUAGUCUCACUCUCAAUUCUAAUUGGUAUGGCAUAUGCUGUUGUGGCUCCAUUGCUUCUGCCCUUCAUAAUUGUCUACUUUUUCCUUGGAUAUGUUGUAUUCCUCAAUCAGAUAGAAGAUGUAUAUGAGCCCGCCUACGAGACAUGUGGUCAAUAUUGGCCUUACAUUCAUCACUAUAUUGUUCUUGCAAUUGUUUUCAUGCAAAUCAAUAUGAUUGGUCUCUUUGGUCUGAAGUCAAAGCCAUCUGCUUCCUUUGCUGCAAUACCACUUCUCUUGCUAACUGUAGUUUUUAACGAGUACUGCAAGAUCCGUUUCCUUCCUUCAUUUCACCAUUACCCUAUACAGAAUGCAAUGAAUAACGAUGAACUUGAUGAGAAGAACGGCGUAAAGGAUGCUUAUGUGAAUGCGAUCGAUGUAUAUUCCCCUUCUUGCUGGAAGCCCGUGAAUUUGUCCGACGAAGAGUCAAGUUCGACAGAGCCACUAAUAUCUUCUUCGCAAGAAAGAAUUUGAUUUUCUUUGUUUCAUUUAGUGCCUUUUGAUCCUACACUCCAAGAUAACUUGAUUCUGAUUAUUUAUGAGUUUACUCUUGUUUUUUUAAUAUCAACUAGAAAAAUAUAUAUGGAUUUCUUUAUUCUUU